GAGCAGGAGGAGGUUCCUUCUUAGCGGACACUUGGAAUUAGCUCCUUUGUUUUGUGUUCAUCUAAAUUUGUCUCUUUUCCAUUUUUUUUUCCAUUUCUAGGGUUUCUUUUGAUUUCGAGGAGCUGAAAGCUCUAGGGUUUCUUGUUGAUCUCGUUGGAGAGAAAUCGUAAUCGAAGAAGAUGUCGUCGUCAUCGGCGACGGUUCGCGUAGACAAGGCGACCAGCGAUCUCUUGAUCGGCCCGGAUUGGACGAUGAACAUGGAAAUCUGCGACUCGAUUAACACUGGUCACUGGCAAGCGAAAGAUGUGGUCAAAGCAGUGAAGAAACGCCUUCAACAUAAAAGUCCAAAGGUUCACUUUCUUGCAUUGACGCUUCUAGAGACAAUGAUAAAGAACUGUGGUGACCAUGUGCAUUUUCAAAUUGUUGACCGUGGUAUCCUACAAGAAAUGAUUAAAAUUGUUAGGAAAAAGACUGACAUGCAAGUGAGGGACAAAAUUCUGGUACUGCUGGACUCUUGGCAAGAAGCCUUUGGAGGGCCUGGAGGAAAAUAUCCACAGUACUACUGGGCGUACACUGAAUUAAAGAGAUCUGGAGUGGAAUUCCCACAGCGUUCCCCAGAUUCUGCUCUAAUAUUUACUACUCCUGUCACACAUCCAGCUGCACCAUCCAGAUAUCCUCAAAUAGGUUAUGGUAUGCCUAGCAACUCUUCUGUGAGACUUGAUGAAGCAAUGGCAUCAGAGAUGGCCAAUCUGAGUUUGACAGACUUGGAUAGAUAUCGUAGUGUCAUGGAGCUGUUAAGUGAUAUGCUCAAAGCUGUGAAACCAGUUGAUCGUGAGGCUGUUAAGGAUGAAGUGAUUGUUGAUCUUGUCUCUCAAUGUCGUACUAACCAAAAGAAGCUCAUGGAAUUAGUAAAUUCAACUGGGGAUGAAGAACUCCUAGGACAAGGCCUUGCAUUAAAUGAUGACUUACAAAGUCUCCUUGCUAAACACGAUGCAAUAGCCUCUGGUUCUCCCCUACCGCCUGAAACAUCUGAAUCUAUUUCGCAACCAAACACUCCUGUGGCACCAACUCCUGCAGCGUUAAACCCAUACGAAGAGGAAGAGGAAGAAGAUGACGAUUUUGCUCAAUUAGCUCGCAGGAAAUCAAAGUAUAAGACAGAAACUGAAGCCAGUUCAGAAACAAAUGGGCAAGUCACCUCGCCAAACCAGAGUGAAACAGGAAGCACAUCAGAAGCGUCAUCCUCUGUGGCAAGCAACGCAUUGACUCUGCCUGAUCCACCGGCCCCUGUCCGAACUUCCAAUAAAGAACAAGACAUGAUUGAUCUCCUGAGCAUCACGCUAUCAUCUUACCCUUCACCUCCUCGAACACCUCUCACUCCUCCCUCUGCUUCAUUCCAAAAUAGCUCCCCCGUUUCUGUUCCCUCCAAUGCACCUGGAAGUCCUUAUAAUCCCCAGAAGCCUUACGUGAUGAACCAAGGUUACGUUCCAUAUAAUAGCUAUGUUGCUCCAUGGGCCCAGUCCCAAGCCCAUCCCCAACUGCAGCCUCAAGCUCAGGCCCAACUGCAGCCUCAAGCCCAAGCCCAGAUGCCCCAGAUUCCUUCUAGCUAUGUGCCUCCACCAUGGGAGGCUACAUCCACCACCAACCCCAAUCCUUUUGUAACGUCAACAAAUCAGUUCCCUGUAUCUGGAGUCAAUACUUCUGCUGCUUACGCACCAACUUAUGCUACUCAGCCCCAGCAACAGUAUUAUAAUUCAGUAGGCACCAGAGGUCAUAAUUUUCCAGCUCCAGCUGCUGCUACCCAGGGGAAUGCCAACAUUAGGCAAACUGGAUAUGGUGCUUCUCCUAAACCUUAUGUUUCACCUAACAAACUAUUUGAGGAUCUUAUAGAGUUGAGAAAUACCGAUAGAAGUUUGAAGCCAAGCAACACAUCUCCGACACUGUCAGGUUCACCACGCCAAGGUAUGAAUGGUGGAAGGAAAUAAAAAUACAAGUGUCGAUACUAUUAAACUGCUAAUUAGUAGUGAAAGUCGCCUGCAAUUUGAUUUAAGAUUUGUGAAUGCUCUUGCGUAUGAUGAGGUACUAGAGUACAUUUAUCAAAUUGUGUUCUCGCCCUUCUUGCAGUUGGCCUUAAGCAGAGACAUAUUUGUAUAUAAAGUUUCUGCAUACUGAGAUCUGUGCAUAAUAAUUAGUCAGGCUUCUGAAAGUUAUUUUGAUAAUGGAGUAGA